AUGGCAAACCCCCUGCGCAUUGCUGUCGAGGGCUGCGGCCACGGCACCCUCAACGCAAUCUACGACUCCAUCGCCAAAGCCUGCGCCAUCAACAAAUGGCCCGGCGUCGACCUGCUCAUCAUCGGCGGCGACUUCCAAGCCGUGCGCAACAUGCAGGACCUCAACAUCAUGUCCUGCCCCGAAAAGUACCGUGCCCUCGGUGACUUCCACGAAUACUACAGCGGCAAGCGCCGCGCACCCUACCUCACGCUCUUUGUCGGCGGAAACCACGAGGCCAGCUCGCACCUCUGGGAGCUCUACUACGGCGGUUGGGCCGCGCCGAAUAUUUACUACAUGGGCGCAUCGUCGAUUGUGAAUUUCCGGGGCCUGCGUAUUGGGGGGUUGAGUGGCAUCUAUAACCCACACCACUACCACCUCCCGCAUCAUGAGCGCCUCCCGUAUAGUCCGAAGGACGUAAAGUCAGCGUACCAUGUCCGCGCGUACGACAUGUUCAAGCUGUACCAAGCGCAGGAGCCGAUCGAUGUGAUGGUGUCGCACGACUGGCCGCAGGGCAUUGAGCACUGCGGCGACUUAGACUGGCUUCUGCGCAAGAAGCAGUUCUUUCGCAGCGACAUAGAGAAGGGCGAGUUGGGGUCGCCGCCGGCGAGGAGCCUCCUGUAUAAGCUGAAGCCAAGAUACUGGUUUAGUGCGCAUCUGCACGUCAAGUUUGCGGCGGUCGUGGACCAUGGGGCGGCGGGUGGCGCAGUGGAGAAGGUAAACGAGACGAAGGACGUGGAGAGGGUGAAGGUGCGGAAUCCGGAGGAGCUGGAUAUCGGUCUUGAGGAUGAGGAGCCGGCUGCGCCGGCGGUGGUGAAGAAUCCGGACGAGCUGGAGAUCGAGCUGGAUGAAGAGGCCGACGCGGCUCCGGCGGUGCCAGCGAAGAAUCCAGACGAGCUGGACCUCGACCUGGACGACGAGGAGGAAGGCGGGGUGCCUGUGCCGCCAAAGAACUCGGACGAGAUCGAGCUCGACCUUGACGAGCAGCCCGAGAACCUCCCUCCCGCUGCGGCCGCCGCAGUCUCAAACACCAACACCAACAGCGACGAGAUUGACCUCGACCUCGACGACGACGCGGCGCCCAGUACCGUCCCCGCCCCCGAAACCAUCACGCCCGAACCCCCCCGAAGACCAAUCCCGCAAAACACAAACCGCUACACACACUUCCUCGCCCUCGAUAAAUGCCUCCCGCGGCGCGAGUUCCUGCAGAUCCUCUCAAUCACGCCCACCUCCCCUGCGCCCUCUUCCGCCUCCACCAGCCCAUCCGGCCUCUCCUACGACCCCGAGUGGCUCGCCAUCACACGCGCGCUGAACCCGUACCUACACAACCCGCCCACGCACCCGUACGCAUCGUUUCAGGACCCGGUGCACCAGGCGCAGAUCACGGCCGAGAUUGCGAAGCAGAGGGAGUGGGUGGAGGAGAAUUUGGUGAGCAAGGGGAGACUGGCGGUGGAGGAGAAUUUUGUGAGGGUUGCGCCGACGCAGGAGAUGGUGAGGAAGGAAGAGUGGGGGGUGGGGCCGGCGCCGUAUGGGAGUCCGAUGACGGAGAAGUUUUGUGGGUUGGUGGGGAUUGAGGAUGGGACGCUUGUGGGGGGUUCGAGUGGAGGUGGUGGGGGUGGAGGUGGUAGUGGGGGUGGAUGGAGAGGUGGUGGAGGGGGCGGAGGAGGUGGAGGGUGGAGGGGUGGUAAUAGGGGUGGUGGUGGUGGGAGGGGAGGGGGCGGGUAUAGAGGCGGUGGUGGGAGAGGUAGUGGGAGAGGGGGGAGAGGGGGUAGGGGUAGGGGAUAG